AUGGUGGACCAAGCAUCGCUUGCAGUGCAUUCAAUUGUGCUCGAAGAUCCCCCGCUGGACUUUGAACCGCUACCGGCCGUGUCAUCGCAGCUUGUCGUCUUUGACUUUGACUGGUCACUAGCUGAUCAGGAUACUGAUCGAUGGGUUCAUGAAGUCCUAUCGCCUCAACGGCGCAUUGAAUUUGUGCAGUUAAAGCCAACUAUGCAGUUCACGGACAUGUGUGCCCUUUUGCUGGAAAAGCUACAUGAGGAAGGUCACUCCCGAGAGGCACUCGAAGACGCCCUUCGUAAGAUGCCCAUGAGCAAGGGUCUUGCUGAUCCGCCGCUUUUUACAGAAAUUGUGACCAACCCUGCGCACUGGGAGCCGAAUGGACUGCUGCGUCUGACCCGGCGCAUCCCGCCGGAUGGACCACAGCAUUCGUGCCGAGUGGGGUGCAGUGCGAACAUGUGCAAAGGUGACGAGCUUGAUGCAUUCCAACAACGGCAUGCAGAUCGCAAGUAUGAGCGGAUUGUCUAUGUAGGUGAUGGCGGAAACGAUUUCUGUCCUAUCCAACGCCUGGGUCCAAAUGACGUGGCUUUCGUACGUCGAAAUCGCGGUCUUGCCAAACGCAUUCUUGAUGAAGGUGGCGUCCAAUGUACUGUUCGCUAUUGGAGUGGCGCUUGGGAAGCUGAGCAGCUUCUCAAGCUGCUCAGUAUUCGUGCAUAA